AAUCGCUUCAUUUUCCGGGAGCGAGAAUUGUACGAAGUCGAACUAUACGAUUUUAAGGGGAUAUUUCAACGCGUUUAGCGCCGAAAUUUCGGUAAGUAAAUGGAUUCCUUGUGGUAGUUGAUAGUGAGAUGAUGAUAACUACUGAUUUCUCUCGCUUAAAGUUCAAAAUUCGCACUGGGCGCUGGCAGAAGAGCGAGCCAUAUUUGUUUAGCUUUUGUUGUCAGCAGUCUAUGAUAGCAACCUCAAUCUUGAAAGAACAGGCUUUCUGGAAUGUCUAGGAACUUCAUUUUGAGCAGUUUUAUAUAUUUUAAAUGUUGUUGAAUUAGGUGAUACAAAGUACAAAUGGCGCUUAUGUCGGCCCUCCCCAUGCAUAGCACGCGUGACCAAGGGCUUGUAGCCGAACAGCACAUUCUUCAAGAUCUUUGUUUUAGCCUUGCUUUUACAGGCCUGUGUUUUGACUGAAAACUGUAAACGUAGGGAAAUGUAUCGCUCUUCGUUUCAAACUGAAUAAACUUUAAAGGGAAGCGAAAAAGAAGCUUCUUCUCGUAGACUGGCGGGGUUCUUGGCCGGCUGAGUCAUGGUUGGCGUUGGGGUUUAGCGGACUGGAUUAAACAGGUCUCACGGACCGAUUAUGAAAGGAAAAAACCAGCACAAUAGAAAUGCAUGGCAAAGGUCCUUACAGUUCGCUUUCAGUUUCGUUUUAUUUUAAGUUUCCCCAUGAUGCUUGAAUUAUAAUGUCAGAAGCAAAACGUUGCCGGAAAUUUCACGCCGUACGCUUUUUGCACAGCUUUCAUAUUCGGAUGUUCUCUAUCUCUUUCGUAAUGUGCUUGGUAUUUGUAAAGUUUCUUCGGCAAGAUUGACUAUUUUUGCUCCAGGAUCGCUGAAAAAGGUAUGUAGGAGUAUUUCAUGAGAACUGUAGGUAUUUGAAAACGAGAAAGUCUAAUUUUGUGGCGUCGCGUCAUAUACGACCCAUAAGAGAACCCGAGAAAUUAUUUAUGUUGAGCAAACAUGGCGGCCAUCUGAAGUUAGCCUUCGUUUGUAUUCUCUCUGUUUUUUACUUUAGGAUCUUUCUAUUGAACAAAAUUAUUCGUUAAUUAUUCUGAUAGAAGACGAUUCUAGAACUGUUUCUUUACUGAGGAGUCAAAUGAAGGUGUUAUCAUUUCCGCAGAGAACUUUUCUCCGUAAACAUGCGUUCCGAUUUCGUGAUAUUUCAAAUGGAACAUGAGCUUUGACAGUGAAAAGAAAUUUCAAGCGUUUAGUGAGACUGUUUGCCAUUCGUUGUAUUAAUUUCUCGUAAGUCGAAAGAAAUGGUUCGUUAUACAGUUUCUGGAGUCUCCAGGGAGAGAAAACAUCGUCCCUAUGAAGCCUAUAUAUCGAUAGCGUUCCAUUUUUUACUUGCCGUCGAUAGGUUCCUGUCUUUCGAAUAACCCCUCAUACGUGUUUAUAUUCAAGCAUGAGGUUAUUGGAGUUAUAUUGCUGUGAACUGCCUCAAUUUUGUGUUUCAGAUUAUAGAAUCGAAAACGUGUGAAAGUACUAUUUAUACAACAACGUUCAGAUCAUUUCAGAUCUUUUCUGGAAUAACCAUGAAGCUGAAAUUAACAUUCAUGGCCUUGCUGUUAUGAACAUCUUUCGUUAUGAAAAAUAUUCACAUACAGCUACACUAUUAUUUAGAUAUUUCAUAAGUUGUGUACUUGAUGAAGAUGAUGUGAGCAGUUUCCUUGUCUCCACUUUCAUUUUCAACUCAUACUCGAUAACUUUUUUUUACUCGCAUAAAAACGUAUUCGGAAAUCAAAGGAGCCAAGUUGUAGAUGUUAUUUUCUCUAUCCAUCUACUGCAUAUAUUAUGUAAUGUUAUAGAUCUGUGUAAAUGUAUCCUUUCCCUUGAAAGGGUCUUUUCUUGCUGUCUCUGUAUACAGUUUGUGGUCAUUUCUUUGGUGCUGUGGCAAUGUUUACUCAAAAUUUCAAGGGUGAAAAUCAGUGUGGUGUUUUUGUCUUAUGCUUGUGUGGUGUUCCGUUCUAUUACUAGUAUAAUUCCAGUUGUUAUAUUAUUGAAGAGACACAAUUUAAAACAAAUGGAUAUCAUUCUAGAUAUUACUCUCUGUAAGUAAUUAAAGAUGCAUUUUACUGAGCUAGCAAAAAAUUGGGUUCAUUUUCUAUUUGUGGGUCCAAACAUGUAAUUAUCACUGAAAUUGAUAAGUAGAAAUUUGUCUAUGGCCAGAAUUUUAUAAAUCAAACCUUUAAUACAGAGAAAGUCCUUUAAUAAGAAAGCUCUGUGUUUUGUCUUUCUCCAAAAUGUAGUGGUGUUACUUGGACUUUUAGUACAAAUUGUUAGACCAUGGUAGAGUUUUACAGGUUUCUUUGUUCGUUUGUAUUCUAUAUUUAGAGUUUGUGUCCUUUUGAGUCAUGUAUCAAAUUGCUCUCAAAGUUUAAGCUAGAUGCAUGUCAGGUGACAUUCAGUGACCAAGGGACAGUUGUGUAAACUCAAUCAUUUUAGGUCUUCCUGUACAUUGGCAUGUUCACAUUUUGCUGUUAUUUUCACUUGGAGCUUAUUUUUUCAUUUUUCUGUCAACAAGAAGUUUUUGCUUGAUUUCCUUCCUUUCUGGAUGUAGAGGGAAAAUACAUAGUACAGUAAAUGAUUUGUAGCUGAAUGUUUUUACUGAGUCCAGACAUAAAGAAUAGGACUUAACACUUAAUUAGCAUACACUUUUUUGGCUCCAGGUAGUUAAUUUUUGUGGCUCUUUGAUGUACUAGAAAUUUUUCUGCUGGAAUGUAUUUUGGGUAUGGAGGACUAUCCACAAAUUUUAUCAAAAUUAAAACCUGCAAUGUUUUCAUGCUACAUGGUGGUACACCUUAGCUGCAUGGUAAACCUUCAUAAUUUUUUUUCUUCUUAACAGUGUAAUGGAAAGAGGUUCAGAUGAUACACAACAACCUUCUUUGUGCCGCAUGGGCUGCGGAUUUUAUGGCUGUUCCUCAACUGAUGGUAUGUGUUCAAAAUGUUUUAAAGAUGCUUUAAGGCGAAAGCAAUCUUCACCAACAACCAGUGCAGCAGCUGUUGUAUCAAAUUCCUCAGCAGGUUAGUUGUAAUACUGAUUUGUAGUCUGAAUGGCAUCUUUUCUGUCUGUUGGCAACACUGGAACAGACAGUACAAAUGUAGUAUAAUGUAGCCAGGUCACUAGAAAUAAGUUCAUAGGGGCAAUUAAACAACAAGACAACACGACUUCUUACUUUUCAGAGGUAAAAUAUUGCCAAUUUGAAGUAAGAAAUUGGAGUUUGUGGAAUUGUUAUUGUCAGACCUAAGGUUAUUUGAAGUACAUGUAGUUCUUUGCACAAUGUGCAUCUUGAAGAUUCCCCCAUCAACUUUUUUUCUUUUCUGAAAUUUACAAAAUUGCAAGUCUGUCAGUUCUUGCUGAAUAUUCAUUGAUUGAGAAAUUUGGAAAAGGCUCCUUGUUCCUUUCCAUUGUAAAUCAAUGCAUCAGGCUGAUUAUGGUGACAUCCUUGGCAUCCUUUUUAGGCCUUUUUAUGCAAAAGAAAUUGCCUUUAGUAUUUAUUAAAGGUCAGUCGACUAACAUGACUAAAUUGGUGUCACAUAGACAGUGUCACUUAUGUGGUUUGUUUGUUGGAUCGAAUGAGUUAGCAUUCUUAGAGUAAUCACAAGGAGAUAAUGUAUUUAAAAUGAAAUCAAAGAUGUGAUAUUGACAAUGACUUGCAUUUUUGUGACAAUCAUUGUAACAAAACAGUGAAACAUUGACUUGGAUUUGUUAGUAGGGAAUACACAUUUAUCCUAUUACAGUGGACCUUGGAUACUUGUACAUGUGUCACUGUAAGAUAACAAAGUGCGCUCAUUUUGAAUUUGGUAUAUAUUCAGAUACAAUUCUGGUUUGCCUGUGUAACUACUAGAAGUAUGACUCAGUACAUUCUGAUUGCAGAAUAAUGAAAGUGAAAUAGUUUUUGGGGAAAAAACAGUGUAAAAAUAUCAUGUUUGUGCCAUGCUUACAUUCCAUGAAAGAAACAUUAAGUAUCAUGUGAGACGUGUUAGCCUGGAGAGGAAAAAGAAAAGUGUGAUAUAACUACUUAAUUUAAGGAAAACAACGAUGAUUUUGAUAAUUUCUCUAUAUUAAUUACAGGAAAAGGGGAAAUAUUAAUCUUCCUAACAGACUCUUGAUGUAAGAAGUGAAACUAAAUUGAGUCGCAGAACUGAAUGUCAGCUCGCUGUAUUUUGUCAUGCCAUUUCCUUCAGUAAUAAUCUACAACUUUUGCUGAGAAACAAAGUGAAACAACAGCCAUUUCUUAACUUUCAGGAUUGCCUGAGGAGCCUUGUACCUCUCACCUUCCCCCAACUGAAGAUAGUGCAUCAAGGGAAGUGAGUCCUUCAUCUUCCACUAGUAGUGUUGGAGAAGAAAAUGAUAGUUUAAGACAACCAGAAGCUCAAGCUGAGGCAUCUACGUCUGAUAACAAGGACAAAGCUAAAACCAAAAGAAAUAGAUGUUUUAUGUGUCGUAAAAAAGUAGGAUUAACCGGUAAGAUAUAGUGAAUGUUGUUUUUUUAAUGGAUUCUGCUGAAGGAAACAGAAAACAGUUUAGGUGAUUCCUCAAAAAAAAAGUUAUUGAUUAAUUUCUUUCAACUUUCCUAAAUUUUUCAUAGCAAUUGUAAAAAAUUCAUAUGUGGAAAGGAGGCUAGAGUUCAAACCCCAUAAAAAAAAGUGGGUUAAACUUGUUUAGUGAACCACAACAUUUAGUUAAAAUAAAAACUCCUAAACUUCUUAAAAUUCCAAACAAAGGGGUGACAAAUUUGCGCAAACAAAAGCUCAAAACAGCUUGCUAAAACUCUGUUAAACAAACUAAGGAGAGGUAUAUCCUAGUGCUUAAAUUACUGAUUACAGAAACUCAUUCAGUAUUUGGCAUGAGCUCUUGGAUGUAACAAUUGUUAAAAAAAAUGUCUGUUGUUCAAGGAAAUUGAUCCCAGUACCUUUGCUUUCAAUAAGUUGUUGUAAUACAUUUACAUUUUUUUCUUUGUGCUAAAUUAUUUAAGAUGUUGCUGUUACUAAUUUUCUUCUCCUUUGUUAGGAUUUGAAUGCAGAUGUGGGAAUGUCUAUUGUGGCCUUCACAGAUAUUCUGAUAAACAUGACUGCAGCUUUGAUUACAAAGCCGAUGGCAGGGCCAAGAUAUCAAAAGACAAUCCUGUUGUUGUUGGCUCAAAGAUUCAGAAAAUUUAAGUUAAUGCAAACUCAAGUAAGAAUGCUCAAGUGAAAGGAUUUGAUCAGCUGCCUUGUUAAUUAGUAAUGUAACUGAUUUUAUUGCUCAAAAGACAGUCCUUAGAUGUGAGUAAAUGUAACUUAAAUGUGUAACUUGCAUGAGAUGUAUCUUGUGACACGUUUGUGGAGUCCAAAAGCAGUGUCAAGUGAUUUCUAUAACUGUGAUAUCUCACUUUCUGUAGCAAUUCCUUUCAAAAUACUUAAUUCUCUCUCAGCAGUUUUAAGAGCCAUGUCAUGUAACAGGUUGAAUCUUGGUAUUAACUAUUACACUUAAGUUUAGAUUUUAUGUGGGAGACAUAAUGAAGGUAAUACAAAUAUUGAUUACAAGAUUAUUGCUCUAUGUAACUAUUGUAGAAAUCUUUUGUUGAAUAUCACCAAGUCCAGUUUAUUUUGUGUCUGUGUACCAAACAGGAGAAAUACAAUCUCAUAGCAUGCUUUGAAUUUCUUCAACCCUUCUACCAUGUUGCAGUUUCUUGUGUAACAGGUAUCUAUAGGAGGUUUAAGCAUUCCCUCUCUUCUUUGUAGUUAUGAUAUAUAAUCAUGUUAUUCUUCCAAAAAUGCUUUCUUUGUUUUCCAAAUUAUUACAAGAAAAAUUAUCACUGCCUAACUCCUUAUAUGACAUGCCAGGUUCCUGCAACGACUUUAUCUGUCAGCAGACAAGGCAUAGGGAACUUAAAAGCUAGUUUCAGAGAUUUUGAACUGCAGUAUUCCUAUGGAAUUUUUUCUGCAUAGAUGGCUAGAAUUUAAAACUAAAAAUUGGCAGUAGAGGCUGUCUUAAUGGUGGGUAAGUUGUGUAAA